AUGGCAUCAAUAGCAAGACAGAGUCUCAGGACUCGCAUUCGUCUAGGGAAACUAGAAAUUUUCACGUCUUCGUAUCCAAGACCACAGACAACACGUUUCAGCGCUAGACCCAGAACGCCACCACUGGCCUCAAUAAUCAACCCAUUGAGAUUCUUUUCUACAUCUGGCUACCAACCCUCCAAAGAGAAGCCUCAAUCAUUCCCGACAAGUGGAUUCGAAAUUAUCCCAGCAGACAUCCCAGCCGCCGAAGAGCAAAUAUCCGAUUACAGUCCCAUCGAUACUACCCAUACGCGCGAAACUGGGCUGGGGAAGUUGUUCUACGACAUGGCUGGCGAGAGAUAUGAGGCUCGUCCACCUGAGUACAGUAGUUUUCUCUUGCCUAUGCUAAUAUUGAAUGCAGAGACAAAAAAUAUGUCGCCCUGA